ACACGAAGAAGAAGAAAGCAACACACUUUUCUCAAUCAAUGAGAAAAUAUUUUAAACAGACAAGAUGGUGGUGUACACACUUUUUUGAUUACUUCAUGGAGCCACAAAAAAAGUAUUUAACAUAAUAUUGGAGCAAUUUCUAAAUUCAAACGAACCCCCCUGCAACUACACAUGGACAUUUAGAAGAAAUUAGUUAUUCCAAGUCGGGAACUGAGGAAGCAUCGUCAAGUUGGCCGAAAAUGAUCUGUGCUACACUUAACAUUACCUACCUAAUAACGCCUAUAAGCCAGCUGGAACAGUAAUGGUCUGACUAGAAAUGAUUGGUUGGCAUUGGUAACCGUUUUAGCCGAUGGGAGGCCUAGCUCGCUAACGCUAGUUACAUCUUGUUGGCUGAGUAAAGAAAGGGAAAGGAAGCCGAAUCUAAAGACAGCUAUCCAACAGAGGAUAAAGAAGUUUCAUAUUCUCUCAACCCCCCCCCAACUAUUCAUUAGAAAGGAGCAAGAGACAGACUGCACACAGAAUGAGCUCAUCUGCUCCCAGGAUGGUGAACAACUACAAGCGGACUUCUAGCCCUCGGUCUCCUACGAACAGUGGGGAGCUUUUCACUCCAGCGCAUGAAGAGAAUGUGCGCUUCAUCCACGACACCUGGCAGUGUGUGCUCAGAGACAUCCGGUCACCACAGAGCAGUGAACGCAAAGACCGUGGACCACAGGAGUAUGUGGAAAAGAACCCAAAUCCCAACUUAAAUUCUUUCACACCAGUUGACCUGAGUGACCUCAAGAAACGCAACACACAGGACUCCAAGAAGUCCUAGUCUUUCUCUUUAUAGUCAACAGCUUUUUUUCUGCACUAAUUAUCCUUGAGAACUUUCUCCUCCUCUGUCAGCCAGCAAGUCAACCUUUUGGCCAGUCCUGCCCAGAAUGCCGGUCCUCUUUCUGCCCACCUGGACUAACAGCCUGCCCAUUCAACAGCGGUGGGCUGAUGUCCUAACAACCAAAACAUUUUUGGAGUCCCUUAUCCACCCCCCCCCGCUCUUUCUCUGUCCGGGCUCAAUAUUUUCUUACCCUUACCUCUCAUCUGGUUGACGUGGAAAGCUGGCAUUUGUUUUCCAGGGAUUCUCUCUUCCGGCUCUUAGUUUUACAGCCAUUAAUUUUUCUUUUUCACUCUAUUUUUUUUGUAUGUGAAUGGGACUGAUGCAGAGUUUCAAUGAAAUAUGCUGACAUCCUGAUGCCGAAGUACAGACUGUGUACAAAUUCUUCAUGGGACACUUUAAAGGACUGCGGUCUUAAAUAUAAACUGUUUUCUUUUCAAUCUACAAAGGAUAAUGCUGAAGGGCUGACGUUCUUUUUUUGGAAGAUAGUUGAAUUGUAGAUAUAUUGGAAUGGAAUCCGAUUGUACGGGCGAGUUUUGGAAACCAAAAAUUGUUUCGGAUAAAUGCCAACAUUUUUCAUAUAGAUUCAUGCCCCUAAAAUGGACUUAAAGUAGACAUCUCCACAUUGACUUCCCAGCCUUGAAAAAAAAUAUUGAAUAAAAUAAUUUUACAAUA